AAAAUGAGGGGAGCAUGUAUUUUAGUGUCUGAUUUAUCCUUGCAGAAUGUUGGGAUUCGUCACAUCAGUACUCCAAGGUGUCUUGUUGUGUUCCUUUUGGUGGACCAGCAUAAAUGCCAACCUUGAUUCAAGAGAUCUAAUCCCAUGGGGGUGGCAAUGCGAAUCUGGUCGUUGUGUGAAGAAAUAUUCCACAGUGGACUCUGGGUUGGUCACUCUCAACACAUGCAAGUUGACGUGCGGCAGAGCUGGGGCCUUGUGGCCUCUUCCAACUACAUCAUCAGUUGGGGAUGAGGUUGCGUUGUUCCUGCCUGAUAACAUAUCAUUCCAGCCAACGUGCCAAAGCGAAGUGUGUAAUUUACUGGAAGAAGCCUUUGCCAUAUUCAAGGAUAACCUCCAGCGUUAUCACCCUGGUUACUCCAAUGGAGAUGCACCGUGGUUGGGCCCAUGGAAUGCUACAACAGAGGCCCAUUUACUAUACGUGGAUGUUACAGUUACUGGUGUUAACAGCUCUCUCACUCUUGAGACGGAUGAAUCCUACGAACUCUCAGUUACCACUUCAGGUGAUGUGACCACCGCCGUUAUCAUCGGGUCAACCUUCUUCGGAGCUAGGCAUGCACUGGAAACGCUAUCACAACUUGUUGAGUAUCAUGAGACAGCUGACGCCCUUAUGGUGGUAAAGCAAGCAGCAGUGAGCGAUGCUCCGGUCUUUCCCUACCGCGGAGUACUACUGGACACAGCUCGGAAUUAUAUAAGCGUAUCUUCCCUGCAGAGAACAAUAGACGCUAUGGCUGCCAGUAAGCUGAACACGCUGCACUGGCACAUCACAGACACACAUUCCUUUCCACUCGUCGUGGAUACUGUGCCUAACAUGAACUUCUACGGAACCUAUAAUCCCAAUGAAGUGUACACUCCUGAUGACAUCAUUGCUCUAAAAGAGUAUGCCCGGGUACGAGGUGUACGUCUACUUCCCGAGCUGGAUGCACCCGCCCACUCAGGCAACGGAUGGCAGUGGGGAGAAAUGGCGGGAUUGGGCAAACUGGCUGUCUGUGUUAACCAGGAACCUUGGCAGGACUACUGCGUGGAGCCACCUUGUGGACAGCUCAACUUUGCAAACCACAACAUGUAUGACGUCCUUAGCCUGAUCUACGAGGAACUAGUUCGACUUUUUUCGCCAAUGGAUUUGUUCCACUUUGGUGGCGAUGAGAUCAACGUGCACUGUUGGAACUCCACAGAAGAGAUCUUCACAUGGAUGAUUAGCAAUGGCUAUGGUGUGGAUGCUGCCGCUUACUACAGCCAGUGGGCCACAUUUCAGGAGAAAGCUAGGCAGCUGUUGGUGGCGGCGGCGAAGGACGAAGGGAUACAAGGAGUAAUUUGGACCUCCGAACUUACAGACCCUGAUCACUUAGAAUCUUACCUUAAUGCCUCUCAGUACAUCAUUCAGAUAUGGACAACGAAGGAUGACCCAAUGAUCAAAGAACUCCUGACUCGUGGAUACCGAGUCAUCUUCAGUAACUACGAUGCCUGGUACCUUGACUGUGGUAUGGGUGCGUGGGUAGGUGAAGGCAACAACUGGUGUAGUCCGUACAAGGGAUGGCAGACAGUCUAUGAGAACAACCCGUACGACAUUGCCAACAGCCAAACGGGUUCACCCCACACCGACCUUAUUGUAGGAGGCGAAGCUGCCCUCUGGACGGAACAGGCUGACGACGCAACCGUGGACUCAAAGCUGUGGCCCCGCGCUUCUGCUCUAGCGGAGCGGCUGUGGUCAAACCCAAGCACCAACUGGUAUGCUGCGGAAACUGCCUUCAUUCAACACCGCCAACGUCUGGUGAAGCGUGGCAUCCAGGCGGAACGCAUUCAACCGCAGUGGUGUCAUCAAAAUGAAGGGCUUUGUUACCUUUAAUUAAUCAAUGCAAACGAGAUAAACACACACACACACACACACACACACACACAUUUUAUAUAUAUAUAUAUAUAUAUAUAUAUAUAUAUAUAUAUAUAUAUAUAUAUAUAUAUAUAUAUAUAUAUAUAUAUAUAUAUAUAUAUAUAUAUUUUUUUUUUUUUUUUUUUUUAAUGAAUAUCUCAAGUCAUUAUUGACUGCAUGUAUUUUGCCUGUGUUGCAUAGCUUUAGACUUUUAAAUGUAUUCAUUGAUUGAUUAGAAUUUUCAAUCCAUCACAUGAUCACGCAAGCAAACAUAUAUAUGUACCUCUAGUAUCUGCAAGGCAAGGGUUGAAAAAUAAAUAAACUAUAUGUCUGGUUCUUGGAUUUUGGA